AUGCGGAAGUUCAGGCGUGUGCUUACGGCGGUUGCCUGGUAUGCCUGCCGUGCCGCCGGCGAUGCAGGCGCGCGCUUGGCCGCAAUGGCCGCCGCAGAAGGGCAGUCGCCAGCAGGACUGAUUUCCACUUGGGUGCGGCUCCGGCACGUGCUUUCACAUGCGCGCUGGGGGUGGCCUCCGGAGGUGUUGCCCUUCACGCCAGGCGACGGCGGAUCCCGGGGAUCCCGCGGAUCCCGGGCGGAGCUGCUGCCUUUGGAGCUGUUGCAGCCGCUGGCGUCGGGAGACCAGCUGAUCGCCACCUGGACGACAGGAGGGGAGUUCGCCAAGAUGGCGCUGAACCUGGCGCUGUCCGUCCGCCAGCACGUUCCGCACUUGGAGUCUUCCUUCGUAGUGGUCUGCCUAGACGCGGACGCCCAGCGGCAGCUGCGGGAGCGAAACUUCCGAACAGUUCUUCUGCCUGGCCCUUCAGACGAGGAAGCGACGAUGCACCCAUGGCAGAACGAUGACCUCUGGAAGUUCAAGUAUCGACUGAUGGCCUCGUUCAUGGCGCUAGGCAUCUCGGCGCUGGUUUUGGACACAGACGUGGUGCUGCUGUCCGACCCUUUUGUGCAGCUGAAAGGUGAUGCAGACUUGGAGGUGAUGACGGACCUUUUCUUUCCCGAGUCGCAGCUGUUGAUGGCGAGCCUCCGCCCGGAGGACCACUUCAACACUGGCUAUGUGUAUCACCGAGCCACUGCCGGAGCGUUGCAGCUCAUGCUGGCCUUCCUGGACGCCUUCCACGCGCUGAACUGGCACGGCUUCAAGCGGGACUGGUUCAACCAGCGGGCCUUCAACAAGCUUGUGCUGGAAUGGGUCAAUGCUGGCCACAUCCAGGUGCUCUACUCCGGUUUCGCCUGGUGCGGCCUGCGGGGCAACUGGACCAACGCCGGGGGCGUGGUGCGCGCGAAAGGGACGGCCUGCAGGGACCCUCGCUUGAGCAUCCGCGUGCUGGACCCAGCCACCAUCGCCCAUGGCAUGAACUUCUUCUGGCGUCGGGCGCACCUUUUGCAGAAGCAGGAUGUGGCGGCGGUCCAUGCGAAUGGGGUGGAACCCAAGGACUACUUCUUCCGCGACCGGGGUCUUUGGUUCCUGGACGACUUCCAGGAACGCUUCGGGCCGGAGCCCCGCUUCUUCCGCUACACCCACCCGCGAGGCCUGGGGCUGGCGGAGGACUUUGAGGACCUGGCCGCCGCCUUGGAGGUGGCCAUGCUGCUGCAGCGGAGGGUCGUCCUGCCAGACACCAUGAACUGCCGAAACUGUCCAGCCUACAAGCCCUACGGAUUUGACGGCUGGCCGCGAGAGGAUGGAAAGGAGCCGGGCUGCACCUUCGACUACUUCUCCCGGGCUGGUCUGGCGAUGGGGGAGUGGCUCACCUUCGCCGCGGAGUCCGGCGUCGUGCGCCUCCCCCGGUUCCGCAAGAUGCGGAGGCGCCAGGUGGACGCGGAGGAGCUGCGGAGUGCGCUGGGCCGCGCGCGGGGGAAGUCGGUGGCGGAGCUCUUUGCGGAGGCUCCGGUGCUGGAGCUUGGUCCGGGACUUCGGAUCCGCGCUGUCCGUGACACGCUGAAAGCGGCCGUGGGCGGCGAGCCCCUGGACGCUUUGCCCUGCACCUGGCGGCCUUGGCCCGCCACGACCUAUGCCUGUCGCGAUGCCUUCCUGGCGCCAACGGCACGGGGCGUGCAACUGGCCGAGACUGGGCUCACACGCUGCGACGGCGCCGCGCAAGCAGAGUGCGGGGUGCUGCCCUUCAUGUGCUGCGAGGCCUACUUUGGCUGGGCGGAGAAGCUUGAGGCGCUCAGCUCAGGAUCGUGGGACCUGCCUUGCGGCUGUGGCCUCAGCCGCCACUGCCGACGCCUGGAGGAGCCCGGCACCUCCGGCGCCUGCUGCGAGCCUCUGGCGGCCAAGGCGCGGCGCAAGUUCGGCCGGCAGUGCGGCAACAACCACCCGCCCUCUGCCCUUCCGCGCCUGGUGCCAGACGACAGCGACACCUACAGCAGCUCCUUGCUCCGGGAGCUUGUGAAGGGAAACUUGGCGCGCCAGGACGCCGAGCGUCUCUGCCUCUUCCACGCAGCGCUGCACCAAGGCCUGGCCGACCACUCGGCGCACCGCUGGUGCCAGGAGCUUCUGGAGCGCUUCCAGCUCGCUCAUGGCACCUGGGCUGCACCCAGUCCUUACGGCAACAUGUGCGUGUCCUGGAUGGCCAAGCUGCUGCUUUUUCCAGCCUCCACGGAUCCAGCCGGCUUCAGGUCCGCGGCGCUGCACCGUAUCGCCAAGGCCGCAGAUCACCACGAGGUGAAGGGGGACGAACGGCUCAGAGCUUUGGCGUCGAAAGCCACGCGCGAGCUUGUGAAGUGGGACAAGCUGAAGAAGCCACAGACCAUGUCGAAGAUCGUGUGGGCCAUGGCGAAGUUGGACCUAAAGCUUCAUAAGCUCGUGGCCAAGGUGUCGGAAGAGGCCCUCCAAAAACUCCCGGAGUUCGAGCCGCAGCAGCUGGUGAACAUGAUGUGGGCCUAUGCGACCCUUCGCACCGAAGAGCCGCCAGAUCUGGGCCCAGCCUUUGCGGGGCGCCUGGGGGAGUUGGCGCCGCUGGGUUUGGCGAAUUUGGCCUGGGCCGUAGCCAAGCUGCAGGUGGGCUGGCCCUUGGACGAGCUGGUGCAGCGCUGCCGGGAGGCGGUGCCGGAGAUGAACGGCCAAAACCUGGCGAACGCCAGCUGGGCCUUGGCCACGCUGCGACGGAGCGACGAGGCCUUCUUCGAGGAUGUGGCCAAGGUGGUCACGGCUCAGUGCGAGCACUUCGCUCAGCAGAACGUGAGCAACAUCGCCUGGGCCUUCGCGAGGGUACAGGUGAAGAAGCCCGGCAUGAUGUCGGCCAUCAGCCGCUGCGUGCAGAAGUUGGAGAUGCCGCCGCAGGGCGUGGCGAACACCGCGUGGGCCUUUGCAACGCUCAACAUCAAGGACAACGCGCUGAUGCCCUUUAGCCGCAGAAGUUUCGCCUCCGGAAUUCGCGAU